AUGCCCUCUCCCCCGGGCCAGGAAGCGGAUCUUCCGUUGAUGAAUGGCCAUUCCUCGCCUCUAGCCCUCCAUAGCAUACCAGCCGACGCGUUCUCACCCGUCAGCGAAAGCGAAAAUUCAGAUCCCAACGAAGCCCUCGCCGUGGACCCUUCAUCAGAUGAAGACGCACCCGGAGAAGAGGAUGAUGAUGAAGAUGAGGAUGAUGAUGUGGAGAUGGCAAAUGAUACAGACUCCUCCGAGGAUGAAGAUGCCGAGGGAGAGCCUGAUGGAGAUUAUGACUCUGAGACUCCGCCGCCCGCACCCGCCGAAAGCAGUCGUGCGCGUAGCUCCACGUCGCAAGACUCAUCGAGACCGCUGAAACGCAAAGCCAGCGCGGAAGAGGAUGAAUAUAUGGCGCAGAACCCCGAGCUUUAUGGUCUCCGCCGUAGCGGACGCGCCCGUCCUACCCGCCGCAUCGUCGAUAGCAGCGACGAUGACAAUUCUGAUUCGGAUGUGCCUCGUAAGCGACAGCGCACAACGUCCCGGAAAGCAUCGAAACAACCUACCCCAGUAUACGUGUCUGCAGAGUCUGACUCGGAUUCGGACGAUUAUGUCAGCGCGAAGAAGAAUAUGCCCUCCAAGAAACAGAAGAGACGCCUACAGGCUAUUGCCAAUGGCGACCUCCCUCCCUCCCAAGCCGAGGUUCGAUUCUCGUCAAGACGGUCUAAAGCGGUCGCAAACUACAAUGAAGACGACGACGACAUGUUUGAGGAGGAUGAUGAGGAAGAUAUGACUCCUAACUACUACGGUGCAACGGUGGAAGACACAGGCCCUGCGAUAGACAAAGUACUCGACCAUCGAUCGUUGGACGGAGCUGAAAUCGAUGCUGCUGACGCACAGAAGAAAGAAUUCGAGUUCUUGAUCAAGUGGCAGGAUAAAGCUCACUAUCAUUCGAGCUGGGAGCCUUACGAGAUUGCCUCGACUUAUAAGGGCUGGCGGAAACUGGAUAACUACUUCAAGAAUGAAGUCCUGGUGGACCUUUACUACAUUGGACGCCGUCAUCAAGAGCCUGAAGAAUACGAACAGCACGUGUUGGCACGCGAAGCAGAGCGUGAAAGUCAAGUGGAGUUCCACGUGGUAGAGCGUGUCAUUGGUACUCGUGAAGGCGACGAUGAAACAGAAUACCUGGUCAAGUGGAAGGGAUUGACCUAUGAGUUCUGCACCUGGGAGUCGGCUACUCUGAUUAGCAGUCUAUCGCAGUCCGAGAUAGAUCGCUAUCUCGAUCGGUCUUCCAAAUUGCCAUCAUCGAACACUAAGGAAUCGGUGUUGGCCACGCGCAGCAAAUUCGUGAAACUGGACGAACAACCAGACUACAUCAAGUUUGGCAAACUUCGUUCCUUCCAAUUGCAUGGUGUCAACUUCCUCGCACACAAUUGGUGCCGCGGGACGAACGUCAUUCUUGCUGAUGAGAUGGGUCUUGGAAAGACCGUUCAAACCGUUUCGUUCAUGAAUUGGUUACGACAUGCCAGGCGGCAAGAAGGACCUUUCCUCUGUGUCGUACCACUUUCGACAAUGCCUGCAUGGGCACAAACCUUCAAUGACUGGACGCCCGACAUCAACUACGUUGUCUACACGGGGAAGAACCAGGCACGUAAAACGAUACGUGACUACGAGCUCCUCGUCGACGGCAAUAUCCGAAAGGUCAAAUUCAAUGUGCUGUUGACGACCUACGAAUACGUUUUGCAUGAUUGGCAAUUUCUCUCCCAGCUGAAGUGGCAAUUCCUUGCAGUGGACGAAGCACAUCGCCUCAAGAACCGCGAGUCCCAGCUCUACGAAAAGCUCUGCCAGUUCAGUGCCCCUAGUCGACUCUUGAUCACUGGUACCCCUAUCCAAAACACCUUGGGGGAACUGUCUGCUCUGAUGGAUUUCUUAAUGCCCGGCAAGAUUUCCAUGGACGAAGAGGUUGACCUCGCUUCAGAAGAUGCUAGCCGGAAACUUUCGGAACUCAGUACUGCCAUUCAACCCUAUAUGAUUCGACGCACGAAAGAGAAGGUUGAGAAUGACCUCCCUCCAAAGUCUGAAAAGAUCUUGCGUGUCGAAUUGUCCGACAUCCAGCUCGAGUACUACAAGAACAUUCUCACCAGAAACUAUGAAGCCCUCAACGAAGGCGGCUCUGGGCAGAAGCAGUCUUUGCUCAACAUUGUCAUGGAGUUGAAGAAAGCGAGUAAUCAUGCGCUACUGUUCCCAAAUGCCGAAGCAAGGUUUCUCCGACCGGAUGCAAGCAAAGAAGAACAGCUCAAGGCCCUGAUCACGACUAGUGGCAAGAUGAUGCUGCUUGAUCGUCUCUUGACAAAACUCAAGGCUGAUGGCCACCGUGUCCUCAUUUUCAGUCAAAUGGUGCACAUGCUUGAUAUACUUACUGAUUACCUGCGACUUCGGAACUAUACCUUCCAGCGCCUGGAUGGUACUGUCCCUGCAUCAGACCGAAAGAUUGCCAUUGACCACUUCAACGCACCUGGUAGCGAUGAUUACUGCUUCCUUCUGUCUACACGAGCCGGAGGUCUCGGUAUCAAUUUGAUGACCGCGGAUACAGUCGUUCUUUUUGAUUCCGACUGGAAUCCUCAGGCUGAUCUGCAGGCUAUGGCUCGAGCCCAUCGUAUCGGGCAACAAAAGCCCGUGAGCGUGUAUCGUCUUGUUUCCAAAGAUACGAUUGAAGAGGAGAUUCUCGAACGCGCUCGAAACAAGCGCAUGCUUGAGUUCAUCACCAUUCAACGUGGUGUCACGGACAGGCAACAGAAGGAAUUGUCAGAUAAGAUGAAUCGCGUCACGAGCGAGCCUACAUCGGCGGAUGAUAUCAAUCAAAUUCUGAAGCGUCGUGGUCAGAAAAUGUUUGAGCAGUCCGGGAACCAGAAAAAGCUUGAAGAAUUGGACAUUGAUGACGUGCUUGAGAAUGCCGAGGAGCAUAAGACAGAGCAAGCAGCUGGCCUUACAUCAGAUGGCGGCGAGGAGUUCUUGAGGAAUUUCGAGUACACCGACGUCAAGAUUGACCUCGAGUGGGAUGAUAUCAUUCCGAAAGAGGAGCUCGAAACCGUUAAGGAAGAUAUCCGGGCAAGAAAGGAGGAAGAGCAAACGCGAAAACUUCUGGAGGAGAGCGCACCGCGCAAACGUAAGAGUGCGCCGACCAGCGAACGGGAGCAACGUGCCGCCAAGAAGCGAGCACGAGAGGCAACUCGCCGUAUCGAUGAUGAUGGCGAUGGUUCUGAUGAAGAAGAUUCGGCCCCGAACCGUGAUCCUAAGCGUCCACUCACUACUAAGGAGAUACGCAAUCUCAUUCGUGCGUAUGAACGAUACGGAUCGCUUGAAGAACGCAAGGAUGAGAUGCUCCGCGAUGCCAAGCUAGUUGGGCGCGAUGAUGAAGUCCUGAAAACCACCUUGGAUGAGGUCAUCAACAUCAGCAAGGAGCUUGUCAAGGCCGAGCGAGAACGCUUACGAAAUCUCGAGGUUGAAGAGAAGCGGGCGCUCACAAAGAAGGACAAGAAGGCGGUCCUUUUCAAUUACAAGGAUGUUAAGAAGCUUAACGCUGAGACGAUCAUCGAUCGCCCAAUUGAGAUGCGCAUACUCAAAGAAGCCAUUGGCGAAGCAAGCGAUUGGCGAAACUUCAGGGUGCCGGAUGCGAUCAAGCCUGCCAGCUAUACCUGCUCUUGGGGAGCGCGGGAAGAUGGCAUGCUCUGCAUUGGCAUUGCGCGCCACGGUUAUGGAGCCUGGGUCCCCAUCCGCGAUGAUCUGGAACUUGAUAUGAGCGACAAGUUCUACCUCGAAGAACAUCGUGUGGACAAGAAGGAAGAGCGCAGCAAGGCCGACGAGAAGAACGCGAAGUCGCCGGGCGCUGUCCACCUUGUUCGCCGAGCGAACUACCUCCUGACAGUCCUUAAGGAGAAGAGCGGCGUGGACCCCAACGCCAGACGCCUGAUCGAAAACCAUCAUCGGAACAACAAAAAGCACCAUUUGAGCGUAUCCCGCCGUGCCGACAAGGUCGCGUCUAGUGUAUCGGCAAGUCCUGGCCCUGGAGGGCAAGCGCGCAAAGUCGUACGCGACUCCGAGCGGCCUCGAGCGAAUAGCCAGAGUGAGAAACGGCGCUCCGAAAGUCGACCCGACAGUCGGCAUCACGACAAUGGGUCACAUGAGCCUCGGCACCGCCAGAAUGAUCAUCACAGACCAUCUGAUGGACACCGCAAGGAUCAUCAUCGUGAAGAGCGGAAGAGUAUCGACCGUCGCAUCCCUGGGCUUCCCCCUCGACCACCUACACCAGAGUUCCGGCGCAGGAUCAGCGGAGACGGCGACCGGUCUCGUCCUAGAGAAGACCGACCGCAUGGCGACGGUCAUCGCGACGGUCAUCGCGACGGUCAUCGCGACGGCCACCGCGACGGCCACCGGGCGAGCCUGGACUCCUUGACGCCCAAUAGGAACAAAGAGAAGAAGCCGGAAGAUCCUACUGAGCGACGUCUGCGCCCAGUUCGUGACAAUCUCGGUAGGCUCAAGAAGACGACGAUUAAGAAUUAUCCCGUCAAGGAGACACUGGUCAAGAAUCUCAAGACAGAGCUACUUGCGAUUGGGAAUUUCAUCCGCGCCGAGACAAAGGACAGCAGUGACCUGGAGGAACGUCUCUGGAAUUUCACCGUGCAAAACUACUGGCCCCGAAAGGAGGUCACCGUAACCCAGGUCAAGGCGAUGUAUCUCAAGAUGUUGGCCUCGGAUAAGAGUAGCAAGCAGGGCGGGCAGCAGUCCAAUGGACAAAAGCAAGGUUCAUGA